GGGAGGUUCACUCGCCUCAGCAUCCACUGCUGAUGUCACACUCAAGUCAUGUCGACCCUUCCUCAGCACAAUCAGCGCCACCACCUCCACUGCUUUUGCCACCAUACAUAAUUGUUGAUGGAGGUAUUUGGCACAGCAGAGCUCGGGCUAUUGGGAGGUGGCGAAGGGCUGCGAGAUGAUAUAGACAUGUCAGCAAUUAGCUGGUCAGCGGAUCAUCUCCAAGAUGAUAUGUACCCAGCGUCGGGAUUGGCCGUGGCCGCCGCAUAUCAUGACAUUAAGAUCCGUCUUGCCAGUUUGGAGAGGGAGAACAGCAGCAUCAAGAGAAAACUCAAACACUACGAAGUCAAGUUUCCGAUGAUCAAUACAUUUGGAGAGGAGAGAGUGUACUUUUCCUGUCAACCCAUCGUUAAGGAUAACAACAUCGUCCAAUCGGAGACAUCCAACCUGCAGCACAGGAUCAAUUCUCUCACCCAAGAGCUCCAGAAGAGCAAAGACAGGGAGGAGGAGUUGGAGGAUGUCAUUCAAGCCUACGAGAAGAUUCACCUCGAGAAAAGCAACGUCCAGAGAGAUCUUGACAAGAUGACCACUCUCGCUGAGCAGCAUAUGGAGCGAAUCUGCAGUCUGGAGGCCGCGCUGAGACAACGAGAGACUUCCCUGCAAAAACUCAAUGCUCAACUCCAUAGCAAAGACGCACAUCAAGGCCAUCCGCCCGCAAGCCUGGUUGUACCUCGAGAGGGCCGCUCGCCAACGCUGCAGAGCUCCCGCAGUCUGGACGCGCUCUCGGACCUCAAGCUGCAGCGUCUGGAGGCCGAGUUGGAGGGAGCGCUGCAUCAGGCUGAGGGUGCGUGUCAGAGAGAGAAGGAGUUGAGAACUGAGCUUCAGAGACUGCAGAAGGAAGUAGCCCAGCUACAAGAAGCGCACAGACACAAAGAGGAGUUGGCCCCACACUGUGAGCACUGUGAUGUAGAAUGGAUCAAGAAAGCUGGGGAUGAACAAGUUAACCUUGCUUUGGCCUACACUGAGCUGACAGAGGAGUUGGGUCAAGUCCGAAAAUUGACAGCGAAACAAGGCGACCUUCUGCGUCAGAUCCCACAAGAACCUACUGGUCGUCCCCCCUCCGCUCCCCAGCGUCUCUCUCCCACAUCCCCCCAGUGUACUUCCCUCACCCCUGAGAGACGGCUGCCCUCUUCCCCACCCACCCUGCACAAUGGCCCCGCCUCCUACUCCCUUCAGCCAACCAGCAGCAAUCUUCGAGCAAAGUUCCAGGGACGCCGUAGUUACUCAGAGGUGUCUGACCCGUCAGCGAUACAGAGGCUCCCACCUCGCCUCAUGAGAGACCCAGUAUCCACCCUGCCCAAGCCCAGGUCCCUGUACGGGGAGACACAUACUUAUGGACAAUCCAAAUCCCAUCUUCAAACUCCUCUGGUGGGCCUGGUCAGACCCGCAUCGGCUCAUGGAGCUGGCGGGGACCGAAGAGUCAGAUCAGAGAGAAAUGGGGGCAGCAGUCUGAGCGGCAGUCCUCAUCAUUGUGCGCUGGAUCUGGGCUUCCCUUUGCCUACUGAGGUACAUCAUUUCUGUCACCUGGAUGAUCGACCGGAGCCCACCCCACUGGUGACACCCCCACACUCCUCAGAUGACGAAGAGGAUGUAGGCACCUACGUUUCAGCGGCCACCAGUCCUCCUCCAACACUUGGACCCUUAUCACUUAGGGAAAAAACACUUCACCACCCCUUGUUCUUGUCUCAGAGAAAAGCUGGCCAAAUUCCAUCAUUCUCAGCCCCCGAGGGCCCCACCACGCUCUCCCGCCAUCUGCCUGCCUACAUGAACACUGAGCAUGCUCAGUCAUGGCCCUCUAUCAAUUUAUGGAUGGAGUCCGACGAGAGUGCUGUGCGAAGCUGUCCUCUUUGUCAACUGACCUUCCCAACCGGUUACCCGGACGAUGCCCUCAUCAGACACAUCGACUCGCACUUGGAGAACAGCAAGAUCUGACUCUCCCAAUGAACACCCUUUCCAAUUCGACUUUUUGUGUCUGAUAAGGUUUCAGACUUACAGCAAUAGUUCACAGUCUUUAUUGAGUUUACAUACUUUGAACAGGGCUUCUAUCUUAUUAUCCAGACUGUAAAAA